GGAAAGCACAAACAUAACUUUGAAAAAAAUUGCUUUCUCUCUUCUUGAAUCUAGAUGUAGGGCACAUCCUCAGUUGGUGUAAAUUGUCAUAUCUCCACUUAAAUCAAUUGACAACUUUGAAAUCAAAGUCCUUCUUCUGUUAGUUUUACUGUCUGUGAGAAGUCAUACAUAAAUUGUUGAUUUUGCAUUUUCAAUUAAGAAACUGUCAAAUACAUCAAUAUUUAAUUUUGGCAGUAAUCGUUGGGUGUUUUUUAGGUAUUGCAUAUAUAAACUGAGCCCUGGUCUACAUUACAAGUUUAGGUUGAAUUUAGCAGCAUUGCAUCGAUUUUAACCCUGCACCCAUCCACACAACGAAGCUGUUUUUUCCGACUUAAAGGGCUCUUAAAAUCAAUUUCUGUACUCCUCCCACGAGGGGAUUAGCGCUGAAAUUAACCUUGCCAGGUCGAAUUGGGGUAGUGUGGUUGCAAUUCAACGGUAUUGGCCUCCAGGAGCUAUCCCAGAAUGUUCCAUUGUGACCUCUCUGGACAGUGCUCUCAACUCAGAUGCACUGGCCAGGUAGACAAAAAAGGCUUGUGAACUUUUGAAUCUAAUUUCCUGUUUGGCCAGCAUGGCAAUCUGCAGGUGAAUGCAGAUCUCAUCAGCAGAGGUGACCAUGAUGGAGUCCCAGAAUCGCAAAAGAGCUCCAGCAUGGACCAAACAGGAGGUACGGGAUCUGAUCGCUGUAUGGGGAGAUGAAUCCGUGCUAUCAGAACUCCAUUCCAAAAGACAAAAUGCCCAAACAUUUGAAAAAAUCUCCAAGGUCAUGAAGGACAGAGGCUAUAACAGGGACCCACAGCAGUACCAUGUGAAACUUAAGUAGCUGAGGCAAGCCUACCAAAAAACCAGAGAGGCAAAUGGCUGCUCCGGGUCAGAGCCCCAGACAUGCCACUUCUAUGAUGAGCUGCAUGCCAUUCUAAGAGGUGCAGCCACCACUACCCCAACUCCAUCAGUGGAGUAGCAUGCAACAGGAAUGUGGGUUUUGGUGAUGAGGAAGAUAGCUCACAGCAGGCAAGCGGAGAAACUGUUUUCCCCAACAGCCAGGAACUGUUUCUCGACCUGGAGCCAGUACCCCCCGAACCCAUCCAAGGCUGCCUCCCGGAACUCGCCAGGUGGAGAAGGCACCUCUGGGUUCAGAGAUGGACUCAGAAGAAAGUGCAACCAACAGAAGUGAACAAAAAUCAAGGAAGAUUUUAAGAAGUCUAAUAAGGAAGCAGCCUUGGGAUCUUCUUUUGGUAAUUGGAACCGGAGUGAGUGCUGCUGUAGCACCAGAAAUACCAGCUCUUGGCUCAUGGAGGAGCUGUAUUGAAGCUGUGAUUGAAGCAGCUGAACAGCUGGAGGUGCUUCAUCCAGGAGACGUUGCUGAAUUCCGCAAAAAAGUGAUCAAAGACAGAGACUUGCUUGUAGUUGCACAUGAUCUCAUAAGAAAGAUGUCCCCACGCACAGGUGAUACCAAGCCCAACUUUUUCCAGGAUUGCUUAAUGGAGGUGUUUGAUAACUUGGAACAACAUAUUCAGAAUCCUGUUGUUCUACAGUCAGUCCUCAGGCUAAUGGAGAGAGGCACUAUGGUCCUUACAACAAACUAUGACAAUUUACUUGAGAUUUUUGGUCAGCAACAGGGUAAACCCAUGGAGUCUUUAGACCUGAAAGAUAAGGAUAAGGUUCUUCAGUGGGCAAGAGGUCAUAUAAAGUAUGGAGUUCUUCAUAUUCAUGGCUUGUAUACAGAUCCCUGUGGAAUGGUGUUGGAUCCUUCAGGAUAUAAAGAUGUUACUCAAGACCCUGAAGUAAUGGAGGUUCUGCAGAACUUGUAUCUGACCAAAUCCUUCUUGUUUGUGGGCUGUGGAGAGACUCUUCAUGAUCAAAUAUUCCAGGCUCUUUUUCUGUAUACUGUAAAGAAUAAAGUAGAUUUAGAACAUUAUAUGUUGGUGGUUAAAGAAAAUGAAGACCACUUUUUUAAACUCCAGGCAGACAUGCUUCUGCAUGGAAUAAAAGUAGUAUCCUAUGGUGAUUGCUUUGAAUAUUUCCCGGAGUAUGUCCAAGAUCUAACUGCUCAAAUCUGCAAGCAGAGGAGUCCAGAUGCUGAUCGAGUGGAUAGUACAACACUGUUGGGGACUUCAUGUGUGGACUGUGCAAAGAGAAAGUUAGGAGAAAAUGACUUGGAUCUUUCUAAGAGGGUGAAACAAUCAGAUAAUGUUGAUACCUCUGCUGUUGACCUGGGCAUUGUAAAGAAGUUCGAAACCCAAGUGCAAGGCAACUGCACAGGAGCGCCAGAGGGGGAAGCAGAGAGCUGGGCUCUCACUAUUCCAGAGAUUCUGUGACUUUCUCUACCUGGCAAUGACUGUAACAAGCCUGCUUCCUGGCAAGAACAACAACUUGGAAUGGCAUUAAGAGUUUACCUUCGCAUACCAUAGUAGCCUGCUGCUCUUAGCAAUUUUUUCUCUCCCAAAGUGAAUUAUUCUAUCAUUAGUCCCAGUCAAGAGCAGGAGGUAACUGGGGGUAGAAAGUGAGCUAAAAGCUGUUAGAAACUAAUAUUGUGACUGUUCCCUAAGAUUAAAGUAAAAGUUUUAAAAAUAGACAAGGAUUCAUUUCCACACCACCACAAAAAGGCAGUGUUAAGUGUACCUAAACUAAAAGUUAGAGAAGGCUGGGGUUCAAACACAUAAAAGGGAAACUGGCACAGCCUAUAAAGAGACAUUUUAAGUAGAAAUUAAGGUUAAAAUUAAUUUAUUUUUAAGACCUGCAAACAAGGGUAGCACACUGUGUGUCUGUCGUCAUUCGGACAACUUGCUUGUGCAUUUUAUUUUUUCCCCACCCAUCCCCUUUCAUCUACUUUCUUAUUCUUGGUUCCUCUUCCAAGCUGCUAUAUAUGGGCAUGCCCCUGCACCUCUGACUGAGUCAAUUAAGCUCCAUAUGCCCAGAAGGCUCUCAGCACAAAGCUGCUCACAGGAUCUGAACCUUAAAACUGUAAGCUCCUUGGAGCAUGCACCAUCUUCAUAUACAUUACAAAUACCUGACCUAUACAAUUGUACUAUGAAUAUUUCAGUUUUCACUUAUCUGUACAUUUUAGUAUCAAUUAACAUUGCGGGAAUUUAGGAUAUACAUGAAAAUUGACAACAGCAUGCAGGCUGUUAUUUAUUGACUGGGAUUCACUUCACUACUUACUGUACACUGGAAUGAAAAUAUUUGUUGGUUUGAAGGACAGGACAUGCUUUUGGUAUUUCAAGUAGUGAUUACGGGGAUGUUUUCAUUGCUGCACAGUUAAAGCAGGCCACUAUCUAAUUACGUGCAGUAGAGAACUGCUACGAACCCCAGCUCACCAAGCUUUUAACCACUUCAGCUGCAGUCAAUGUGACUACUCCAUAUGCUUAAGACCCUUGCUGAAUCCUGUCCUUAGACUACCAAAUGUAAGUUCUGAGAGCUUGGAUUUCACAUUUUUAUGAGGUGUCCUGUAAAACUUGUUAGUUUCCCCAAAAUUGUGGGUUGCCCUGGAGCAAACAAAUGUAUUUAAAUGAAAUUCUA